CCACACACACCUCCCUGUCUUUCUAGACCCUUGCUACCCUGGCCUUAACUCCCUCAUCUGCCAACCUGAGCCAGCAAAUCAACUUUUCGCCCUUUAGGAGACCUGUUCCUUUAAGAACAUCCCUCCACGCCCCCAGGUCCGCCCAGUCAGGCCGGAUUUCCUGUCCAAGCCCUGCCUUUUAAAGUCAUCACUUCAGCUUUCAGAACUGCAGUAUACAGAGACCAAAGGGACCCUGAGGGAUCUGGGGUGCUGAAAGUAGGCGGAAGUGGGCUGUGACCGGUGCAUAUAUAUAUCCAGGGCUCUAGAGGGAAACGGGACCAGGGCAGGGAAGAUCCUGAGAGGAAGCAAAAUCACUUGGGAGUGGGUAAAAAUGUACGUCAUGCCCAGUCCUCUCAAGUCUUCCGAGGGAGGAGCUGUUGAAGCUGUUCUCCAGCUCGGAAGCAAGGAUGCCAGUUAGGGUCUUGAGGGUCUCUCUUCCAUAUCACCUGCUCAGCAAGGCCCCGGCUUCCUCCCACUGUCUCCUUCCUCCCUUUUCUGUGUGCAGUGGAGUGUGGGGGAAGACAUGGUUAUCCCUCUCACGGCCCAUUCUGUCCCAUUCCUCUCCCAGGAGCUCCUUGGAGAUGCUUCUGCUGUGGCUGCUGCUGCUCCUGCUGCUGCUCCUGCCCCUGCUGGCCAUGCUCUGGCAGCAAAGGGCUUGGGGUGCCAGGCCAUGCUGGCUGAUCAGUCUCCAGCACCGAGUGUCCUGGGGGAUGCUGGGCUGGGCAGCCGCCUGGCAGCAGCGGAAACUAGAACGGAGCACAUUGAAUGCAGGCCAGAGCCAGCAGCAGGCCCUUAUGUGGUGUCUGAAGAAAGCCCAGGGUUCCUGCUGUCUCCCCAGGGAGUACACAGACGUGAGCACCUUCCGGAAUCAUCUUCCACUGACCCAAAUCAGCCACACCCAGGAGAAAGAAAGUGAAGAGAAACUCCCGUCCCCUACCUUCCCCCAGUACCAUGGAGAUGCCUCUUUGCAGGCCACCCUACUGGGUCUAAUAACCCUAAACAAGGCCUACCCUGAAGUGCUGGCUCCGGGAAGUACUGCCUGUGUGACCCCUAUAUCCCCAUGGCCCUGUUCUGUCCCCUGGCUCGGGCAUGCCCUGGGUCGGGUAAGCCCCGAUGGAGCCAAGGACACCCGGACCCUGCUGCUGGAGGCGUUGAUAUCCCCGGGGCUGAGAGUGCUUGAGGCAAGGACUGCAGUGGAGCUCCUGGAUGUCUUUGUGGGCUUGGAGGCUGAUGGUGAAGAACUGGCUGAAGCCAUAGCAUCUGGGAGCCUAGGAAGGCUUCUCCCCAAACGAGCCACUGAGCUGCAGGAGGCCCUAGAGCAGGGACCCCGAGGAUUGGCCCUCCGGCUCUGGCCAAAGCUGCAGGUGGUGGUGACUCUGGAUUCAGGAGGACAGGCAGAAGCUGUGGCUGCCCUCAGGGUCCUGUGGUGCCAAGGGCUAGCCUUCUUCUCUCCCGCUUAUGCUGCCUCCGGAGGAGUGAUGGCCCUAAACCUGUGGCCAGAGCAACCCCAGGGAUCCUAUCUUCUGCCCCCUGAAGCCCCCUUUAUUGAGCUGCUUCCAAUCAAGAAAGGAACCCAAGAAGAGGCAGCCUCCACUCUCCUCCUUACUGAUGCCCAAAGGGAGGAAGAGUAUGAGUUAGUGCUGACGGACCAUACCAGCCUGACCAGGUGCCGGCUGGGUGAUGUGGUACAGGUGGUUGGUACCUACAAUCAGUGUCCCGUGGUCAGGUUCACCCGCAGGCUGGGGCAAACCCUGAGUGUUCGAGGAGAAGUUACUGAUGAGACUGUAUUCUCUGUGGCCCUGGCCCAAGCAGUGGGGCAGUGGCCAGGGGCCAAGCUGCUAGACCAUGUCUGUGUGGAGAGCAGCAUUCUGGACUCCUGUGAGGUUUUGGCCCCACACUAUGAAGUGUUUGUGGAGCUGAGGGGGUUGAGGAAUCUGUCGGAGGAAAAUCGAGACAAGCUUGACCACUGCCUUCAGGAGGCCUCCCCUCAGUACAAGGCCUUGCGGAUCCGGGGCAGUGUGGGUCUUGCCAAAGUCCAUCUGGUGAGGCCAGGGAGCUUCAGCGUUCUUCGGAGAGCGCUAGCAGCCUGCCCCUCCUCCUCCUGGCCUCCUGGAAUGCCUCGGGUCCUCAGGCUCAGGCACCUGGCCCAGCUCCUGCAGAACAGUGUGAUAUCCUAAUCGAGGCAGCCAGCCUCCCUGUUUCUGCCCCACUCUUUCCUCUGGGACAUCUCCGGAUGUUGAGUCCAGGACCAGACAUCGUAUAAUAUUGGUCUAUUAGAGCCCUUGGGCCUUAGGGAGACCUUAGACUCGUGGGCAAGUUUUAAGGUGCAGGCUUUGAGCAUACAGCUGAACCCAUCGACGGUCUCCAGCCAGCCUAUCCUGCAUGAGACUGCUGGUCCUUCUCACGUGCUUGGCCAGGGUAACAGCAAGGGCUGAAAGUAUAGACAAUGCUCCCGGAGCGGAUGACAAAGCCUCUGUCUCGUCUCGUGGUCUAGGGUAUAAGUAUCUUGCACAACCUCCUGAAAGGCCGAGGCUGUGGCCCACAGUAACCCAGUAUUUAAUAUUCUUCCUACCAGCUCUCCCCCAUCCCUCCAUCCUUCUCUCCCUUGCCUACACUAUCAUUCUGUUCCC